AACGUUUUCCCUCCCAACUCCUUGUGACCAGAGGAAGAAGCCAAGAAGGAGAGAAACAUAAUCAAUUUCAGACAAGAAAUUAGAGAGAGAAAGGGAGAUGAAGCACAUUUUCAAGAAGCUUCAUAUAGGGAGUAGCAGUCACGAUCCCAAUCGAUCCAACGAAACCCUAAGCUCCGCCACUACAUCAUCGCCCGCCUGUGCUUCCGAUCAUCGGACAUCUUCCGCGCAGUCUUCGGUGAGCCCUCCCUCCUCCUAUCCUUCUCCGACUACUGUAUCCUCCACCGCCGCCUCCACCCUCCCCACCGCCACCUCUCCGGCGGCAUCGAAUCGGUCGGACUAUUUCUUGUCCGAAGAGGAGUUUCAGGUCCAACUUGCUCUUGCUAUCAGCGCUUCCAAUUCGGACUUCCGUGAUGAUUCGGAGAAGGAUCAGAUCCGCGCCGCGACGUUGCUCAGCUUGGGCCGCCACCGAACUGAUUCGGUCCGCGAUAAGGAUGAAUCGGCGGAGUCUAUGUCGCGCCGAUAUUGGGAUUACAAUGUGCUUGACUAUGAAGAGAAAGUGGUAGAUGGGUUUUAUGAUGUGUAUGGGCUCUCCACAGAUCCAGUAAUCCAAGGGAAAAUGCCAUCUCUCACAGAUCUUGAAACAAACCUUGGAAACUCUGGAUUUGAAGUGAUUGUAGUUAACCGCAGAAUUGACCCUGCCCUGGAAGAGUUGGUGCAAGUCGCACACUGUAUUGCCUUAGACUGCCCUGCUGCUGAGGUUGGUGUUUUGGUGCAGAGGCUUGCUGAGAUUGUUACAGAUCACAUGGGUGGGCCAGUAAGGGAUGCUAAUAUUAUGUUGGUGAAGUGGAUGGAAAGCAGAAAAGAGUUGAGGACAUCUCUUCACACAAGCAUUUUGCCUGUUGGGUCCUUAAGUAUUGGCCUUUCACGCCACCGUGCUUUGCUUUUCAAGAUAUUAGCUGACAAUGUUGGUGUACCAUGUCGACUGGUAAAAGGUAGUCAUUACACUGGCGUAGAGGAUGAUGCUGUCAACAUAAUAAAAUUGGAUAAUGAAAGGGAGUUUUUGGUUGAUCUCAUGGGAGCCCCUGGGACACUUAUACCAGCUGACAUUCUUAGUGCAAAGGAUAGUUCUUUAAAGUCAUAUAAUCCAAAAUUAAGUAAAAUCCCAACUCUUCAGGCAUCUAAGGACCCUGGAGGUGUUUACUCAAGACCUAAGCCAUUGCUUGGUGAUUAUGAAGGCAGUAGUCAAACCUCCACAAUUGAAAAUAGUUUGCCUCAGGAUAGGAAAGCAAGUUCUGAAAAGAUAGAAUCCUUGGAUUCAUUUUCUAGUUCAAGUGGUGACACUGGUGUUGGUACUUCCAGAAUUUCUAAAAGAGGGACUCCUGUUAAUCAGUCAGAUCUUCGGCCUUCAUUGGCAAUCGGGGCCUCUGUGUAUAAAGGGAGUCGUGGUGCCAAUGCAGUUGGUGAUGGUUCGAGGAUGAAUGUUAACAUAGUUCCAUAUAAUCAAAACAGCACAGAAGACCCUAAAAACCUUUUUGCAGAUCUUAAUCCUUUCCAGAUGAUAGGAUCCAGCAAGGCUUCUGCACAGAGCAAACCUAUGGAGAAUAAAGUUGAUGAGUUUCAAAGAGAGAAAAAUAGCGCUGCCCCUGGUAGACCCCCUUUGCCAUUGAUGUGGAAGAAUCGUUAUGCUAACAAUGAGGUCCCAAGAAAAAAGGAAAAUGAUUUUGUGGAGGGUCUCUUUCCAAAAAUCAACCGUGAAACCAAUGACUACAAUCUGCCAUCAUUAACUUCCAACAAUGCUACUACAUCUGAAAAAGUUUAUUCCGGUGUUUUCAAGUUAUCUGGUAAUGCCUAUAUGAAUAACAAAGUUAAUGAUGACCAAAAUUCUUCUUGUAAUACCACUUCAAUGUUGGCACCAAGCACAAGUCAGUUCAAUAGGUUACCUUUGGAUGAGGAUGUAAAUGCUAAUUACAAUGAAGAAUAUCACAAGGAUGGGAAAGUUUUUCAAAGUGACAUGGUAGAUGCUGCAAAAGAACAUGACAAGAAUGAAAGUGGUCUGCAUGAUCACAGGAAGUUCAGACAUGAUAGCUUUAUGGAGAACAAUUUGAGGGAAGCUGAAAGUCCUUGCUCUUCUGUUGACAGUGAUGCUGGUAAAGUUGAUCAAAUGUUUGAAGAUGUAGGUGAAUGCGAAAUUCCUUGGGAAGACCUGGUUCUUGGGGAAAGGAUCGGACUAGGCUCGUAUGGAGAGGUCUACCAUGGUGAUUGGAAUGGCACAGAGGUUGCUGUGAAGAAGUUCUUGGACCAGGAUUUCUCAGGUGCUGCUUUGGCCGAGUUCAAAAGAGAAGUGCGAAUAAUGCGUAGAUUGCGUCAUCCAAAUGUUGUUCUUUUUAUGGGUGCUGUUACUCGCCCUCCAAACCUCUCUAUCAUCACUGAGUUUCUUCCAAGAGGAAGCUUAUAUCGGAUUCUUCAUCGUCCUUCUUGUCAAAUUGAUGAGAAGCGUAGAAUAAAAAUGGCUCUUGAUGUGGCAAAGGGUAUGAAUUGUUUGCACACCAGUUUACCAACAAUUGUUCACCGGGAUUUGAAGUCACCAAAUCUGCUGGUUGAUAAGAACUGGAAUGUCAAGGUAUGUGAUUUUGGGUUGUCACGCCUGAAGCACAACACAUUUUUGUCAUCCAAAUCAACUGCUGGAACGCCUGAGUGGAUGGCCCCAGAAGUUCUCCGCAAUGAAAAUUCAAAUGAGAAGUGUGAUAUCUAUAGCUUUGGAAUCAUUCUGUGGGAGCUUGCAACGUUAAGGUUGCCUUGGAGUGGGAUGAAUCCAAUGCAAGUUGUGGGAGCAGUAGGUUUCCAGAACCGUCGUCUUGACAUACCAAAGGAAGUUGAUCCCUUGGUUGCAAGGAUAAUCUGGGAAUGCUGGCAGACGGAUCCGAACUUGCGCCCAUCGUUUGCACAGCUGACAGUAGCUCUGAAGCCCUUACAGCGACUGGUGAUCCCUCAACAUUUGGACCAGCAAAGCCCGACUCUCCAGCAAGAGAUCUCAGUAAAUUCUACACCUUGAAAUGUGUUAGUUUCUCUCCAAGUGUGAAUAAGGACAAAUUGCUUCUCUGUAGGAUGAAGUUAGAUUGUGCGAUUAAGGAGAAAGAAAAUGUGAGCAAAACUUGGUGAUAUAGUUGAGGGUUGUGUAGAGGAAUCAACAUAUAUAUAUAUACAUAUAUAUACUUGCAGCGGCAGCAUGUUUUGUAUAGUGGGAUUCCGUGGUUUUGACCUGGACAAAACUAAAAAACUCCCUUAUAAUGUUCAGAAAAAUGGGAAGAAUGUUUAUUACAUUAAGACACUGCCUUCAUAAUGUUAAUACAUAUUUUGGAGAUUGUAAUUAUGAAAUAGAGCCUGUCUUCCAACAAUAAUCAUUUGAUUAAAUGAUAACACUUGCUUCCGACUCUGGUACUUGAAUUCUCAUGCACCAGCACUUAUCUUUAAGGUUUGAUAUGGUGUCUUACCAUUUCUUUUGA